CGAACACUAAUUAGUUAUCGGCGCUGAUUAUCAAUACUCUCCGAAGGCGAAUAUCUCAAACUCCUGGUUGUUUCUUACACCACCCUCCUCGUCACAACUUUUUGUCUAGCUGGAUUCCCUUGUUCCACUUUCUUCGAGAAUACAGUGGUCAUUCUUUAUUGAGCUGCUGUCCUGUGAGGUGAACUUUUGUUCAGUGAAGAAAACAUAUACCCCGCUUUGAUAACACCCACAACCGCCUAACGACUUUUUCUACCCGUCUUCCACAACUUUUCUACUUUUCGUGAUACCCAUUUUGCUGAGCGCCACUCUUUGUCACAUCAAAUUAAAAAAAAAAUGGCAUCCCUUCCAUACACCUGCAACACCUGUCUUGUUGCUUUUCGCGGCAGCGAUGCGCAGCGGGACCACAUGCGCCGAGACUGGCACCUGUAUAACAUGAAGCGUCGCAUUGCAUCUCUGCCUCCCGUGUCUCAGGAAACCUUCAACGAGAAGGUUCUUGCCGCCAAAGCGACCACCACUGCCGCCGCCGCCAAGGCCGCCUUUGAAACGACCUGCGUCGCCUGCCAGAAGACUUUCUACAGCGAAAACUCAUAUCAAAACCAUAUCAAGAGCUCCAAGCACAAGGCCCGCGAAGCGCGUAUGAAACGCGAACAUGCCGACGAUGCCUCGUCAGUCAUGAGCUCUACUUUCUCCUUGGGCGAGCCUAUCAACAAGCCCCAGCGCGUCGGUGAGGCAGAGGUGUCUAAGGUGGCCGAUACUCUGAAGGAGGCCACUAUUGAAGAGGAAAAUGAGGAGGGUGAAGAUGAAGAGAUGUCAGAUGACUCUUUUUCGUCUGCCCGUUGCUUGUUCUGCCCCAACACGGCAGCCGAUAUCCAGGAGAACACUGAGCACAUGCUCAAAGCCCACGGCAUGUUCAUCCCGGAGAAGGAGUAUCUGGCCGACUUGGAAGGUCUCCUUAAUUAUCUCUACCGCAAGAUCAACGAGAACAGCGAAUGCACUUACUGUCAUGUUAUCAAGAAUAGCCCCGCCGCUAUCCGCACCCACAUGAAAGACAAGGGUCACUGCAUGAUUGCUUUCGAGUCCGAGGAUGAGCAGAUUGAGAUCGGCCAGUACUAUGAUUUCCGCAGCACUUACUCCGAUGAUGAGGGUGAUUGGGAGUCGACAACUAGCGAGACGCCCGAGGAAGGAGGGGUUAAGAUUGAGGGCGAAGAUGAGGGCUGGGAGACUGAGACCUCCGCGUCAUCCGUCGAUGAAGAUGAGCUGGACAACCGCAAGAGCGCACCCGUGGUCUACGCCACUGAUUAUGAACUCCACCUUCCUUCUGGAAAGAGCGUUGGCCACCGCUCCCUUGCCAAGUACUAUCGCCAGAACCUCCACAACUACCCCUCUGCCGAUGAGCGCGCGGCCCAUCAACUCGCCAUCGAGAACGGUGAGGCUAUGGACGUGGAUGAGAAACCUCGCGGUCGUAACCUCAACCGAGCCCUCAUCACCCGUGCCAACGGCGGUACGGGCAUGAUCGGUGUUUCAGACACCCAGAAACGUCUGGUUGUGGAAAGCGAGCGUAAGGAGCGCACUCGGGCUAUUCGACAAGAGAUGCGGCACAUGGCUCGGGUCAACCGCGCAGGCAACAACCAAAAACACUUCCGCGAUCCUCUCCUGCAAUAAACUCAUGGAUAUGUUCUAUCUACAUCAUUUGAUGAGUAUAUGAUUUGGUCGAGGUCGUUUGUUUCCGUUGCCUGUUGGGUUUCUGCACUUGAUUUCGAGCAUUACACUUUGGAGUUGCGGUAGGGUACAUCUUUGUACAUACUUUAGUAUGGCAAAAGUUUAGAUCAAACAAUCACUACGAUCUACAUGUCUGAUUGGC